GGGCCCUGGGUCCAAGCCCAAAACCCACAAGCCUAAAACCUACACAUAAUAUACAAGAUCUAUACAAAAUCUAUGAAAAAUCUUAUCAAAUCCUUGCAAAUCUAUACUUGAUCGGUCCAAAAAUCUCUGCAAGAUCUAUUAAAUAUCUACUAAAUCUUUGCCUAAAUCCUUAUAAGAUAUCUUAGAUCUUUACUCACAAAAGAAAAGUAAAUUACAUUGGUCCAUACCUACAUAAAUGAGUAUAAGACCCAUACCCAUCUACACUCACACAAACAUAACCCAAAUCAAGCACAGAGAAAACACACACAAACCUCAAACUCUCUAUUUCUCUCUCGAUUUGAACAGCAGACAACAUAAUCAUCCCUUCUCCUCUCCCUCGAUACAACUGCAGUCAACACCCAAACCCCCUUUCCACUCCCUCUCUGCGUUUUCUUUGGAGAAACAACAACCACAGCCGACUACCCCUUCACCCCUCUCGUUUCCGAUGUCGGCCGAAGAUAAAGACGGCGGCGGCGGUGACUCUAUUCAGCGAAACACCCCCCCCCCCCGGUCACUUGUGCUACUCCGGCGACCAAGAGCCGUCGCCGUGCGGCGGUGUGGCGGCGGUUGAUCUGAACGACGGCGAAAUGGAGAGGCAAAGAGAGAGAGAUACAGGAGGAGAGAGAGCUGAGGAGAAGAGAGAGAGUUGCGGAGAGGAGAGAGAGAGAACCGGCGGACCGGCGGUCGAAGCCACGGACCGGCGGUCGGAGCCUCGGACCAGCGGUCUUCACCUUUAUCCGAUAAGUUUUCCGUUCAGCAGAGAUUUUGGUACGAACCCGGGUGUUUGGUUCGAGUGUUGUUCGGGUCGGCUCAGGUCAGUCUCGGUCCGACGGUCUCUGGUUCUGUCCGAUGAGUCAUCCGCUGUUAAUAAUGAGGACGAUGGUGUUACGGUGACGGAGGUGCGGCUCCGGUGGGUGUCACGACAAUGGUGGUGUGUUACGGUUCUGUUUUGGGUUUGUCCUGGGUCACCACUUGGUCAGUUGCGGUUCCCUUCAGAUUCAGUCGGUUCUGGCUCAAGUAAAGAGAUUACAGAUUUGAGUGACGUCACGGGUUUCAGACUCGGGUUCGAGUUAGAAAGUCAAUGCGGGUCAACAGGAGUCAAGGGCAGUCAAACCAGUCAACUGGUCAGCUUCGGUUCGGUCGACUCGAUCAAACCGAGUCGACUCGGUCAAACCCGGUCAAUAGUGAGUUGACUCGGUCAACUCAGCCAGCCCACCCGACAUUUCGUCAAGAAGACUCGGUAAAGAAUUUAGGACGCAAACAUUUAUUUCGUUCAUUAUUCCGUAUUUUAUUAACGUGAACGAGCUCGAACCAUUUUGUUUAUGAUUUACUUUAUAUUUUGAAAUGCUUAACGAGAUAUAUCUGAUUA